GCACUGGACUGGACUUUGCCAUUGUUUUAUGGCUCUGAGCUGCUGACAUGUUGACGCCCUGUGUGAGCUCACUUGGUCUGAAGGCUUUGUGCUCCUGAGGAAGGUGAAGAAUUUGUUUCUGCUCUCUCUUUGUCUUCCUAGGAGAGGACAGCCAUGUCUCGCUACCACAAAGCGGCCAUUGACGGUUACCUGGACCUUUUGAAGGAGGCCACCAGGAAGGACCUAAACUCUCCGGAUGAAGAUGGCAUGACGCCCACUCUGCUGGCUGCUUUUCAUGGACAUGUGGAUGCGCUCCAGCUCAUAUGCAGCAGAGGGGGAGACCCCAACAGAAGUGACAUCUGGGGAAACACACCGCUGCACCAUGCCGCCGCCAAUGGCCACAUGCACAUCCUCAGCUUCCUCGUCAGUUUCGACGGCAACCUGUUCGCGCUGGACAACGAGCUGCACACGGCGAUGGAUGUGGCUGCUUCGCGGGACCGCAUGGAGUGCGUGCGCUUCUUGGAUGCCGCCGCCUCGCAGCAGACCAAUCAGAAUCCAAAGAGAGUCGUCCGGUUAAAGAAAGAGGCCAGUAAGGAAGCGGAGAAACGGGUGAAACUUUGUGAGAAGGUGAAGCGGAGACACCAAAGCAAGAUGGAUAAGAUGUACCGCGGGACGGAUGCCUCGGGGGCCGGUUCAGAUCCGAGCGAUACCUCGACCUUGUCGAGCGUUGGCACCGUGACUGGCAUCAAUGAGCAGUUUUCCAAACUCAUCGCCUCUGACAAAUCCGACUCCCUGACAGCUAGGGUGAAAGGAACACUGCAAAAGAAGCUUGGGAAAAAAGAAAAGGGCACUCUGCAGCGAUCUGCAGGAGAUGGGAACGUCAUUUUCCUCAAACAAGAGGACCCAGCGUCGGAGAAUCCGGAAUUUUUGGAUGUUUUCAACGAGCAGGACGAGAGCAUGCUCGAAGAUGAAAGAGAGGCCGGCUACGGGAAUGACGACGAAUUAGGUCAAGUCAAACAAUCCAUCUUCAACAGGCCUGGCCUGGGUGGUCUUAUUUUCAUGAAGAGGAUGAGUAUGGACACAGAAGACAUCGCCAGUGGGAACAACGAGAACCUUGGCUUCCUCGUUCAGAAUAAAACGAUCGAGGGAGAGGAAGACUCUUCUGGCCUGGAGGGCAACGUCGACGCGGAGGUCCCAUGGGAACAGGACGAUCUGGGCCUGGAUGACGAUGAGGAGGAAACAUCUCCACUUGAUGCAUUCUUGUCAUCUGUCUCCUUGCCCGAGUUUGCCCUUGCGUUCACCAGAGAGCACCUGGACCUGGAGGCGCUCAUGCUCUGCUCCGACGAAGACCUUAAAAGCAUUCGCAUCCAGUUGGGGCCCCGGAAGAAGAUCCUGGAAGCUGUAGCGCGUCGUAAGAAUGCGCUGGAGAGACCGGGUGUUAUGGGAGACAGCUGCCUGUGAUAACCUCAAUAAAACAUGACACUUACAAUUUGUUGUUUGAUGUACUGCACAAAAGGUGAUUCAGUGAUCAAACAAAAAUAUCUUGUGUGCGAGAAAGGCCUUGCACGCACCAAGCUUUCGAUCAUUGCCAACAGCGUUUCAAAAUAUCCAUACUCUCUCCUUAUUCUUCCCCGUUUGGUCUUCUUUGUGGCCAUCCGCUUCAUUCUUGACAAUUGCGCCAUGUUUUUGUGGUUCAAUUAACCAAUAAUAGAGUACAAUAUAUUGAAUGUUGGGCCUCAAAACCCAAUACAGAGUUACAGUUUUUCCAUUACAGUGUGCCGGUAAGUGUGUGGUACUCAGUCGCUUGGUGCGGCGUGACGAGUCAUUGAGUGUAUUUUCUUGUCAAUUGUUCAGUUCAGUCACUUUUCGCCAAGUGCUCCAUGUACAGCAGGCCUCAUGCAAUAACUGUCUCCGUGUUUGAGUCAGCCAUUAGGAAAUGGAAUAUAAACCUGUCUCUUCAAGUCAAAUUCAAAUAUUAACAGAAAUGUGUUCAUUUAAUGAUUGGAUCAAUGCACUUGUAAAACAUUCAUAUUGUGGACAACUUUUUUUUAAUCAAUAAAUUGUUAAUUUGA